AUGCCCCUUCAUAAAUUAUUAGAAAAUUUUGUGAUUCAUGAUUACCUUUCGUUGACAGAAUUUUCGGAAAGUAAUCAAAAAACUUAUGGUGACAUUUACGAAGUUCACUUGGGAGUUCGACGUAUAAUCCUUAGCCGUACAGAAUACGUUGAGAAGUUAUUGAUGCCUUCAACGAAGAGCCAAUACAUGAUGAGAUUUCCUUACAGCAAAGGAUUAGCAGAAUUGGGAGUGAUUGGGAAAGGGUUACUGGCGAAUCAUGAUUUGAAAUCAUGGAGGUAUAAUCGUCAAUUCUUUACACAAGCAAUUUUGGCACCAAAAUUCACUCAAGAAGCUAUUGGUUGGACGAAUGAACUUUUCAAUGAAUUGGAAAGUUAUUGGAACAA